GCAACAACUGUCUACUUCAAAAAACGACAAAAUUUAGCUAUUGGCAUUGUUUAUAGCGGUUUUUCUCUGGGUAUGUUGACACUUGGACCUCUUCUUCAGGUUCUUAUUGACCUGUUUGGUUUGAAAACUACACUUCAAAUCAUGGCUGGUAUGACCUGCUGCUUGUUCUUUGCAAUCUUCCUAACCUUUGAUACCAACGUUGAAGAUAUUACCUCAACUACAGACAGCGAAACAGAAUCCAAUGUUGCGAUAUCCGUUUCAUCAAUUUUUAAACAACCGGCGUAUGUGAUCACAUUAGUCGUGAUAUUCCUGCAGUGUUUUUCUACAAGUGUGGUGUAUGUGUAUUUGGUGAAAUUUUGUAUAGAGGCUGGUAUUACAUCACAACAAGGAGCCAAUCAGUUUACAGUAAUCGGUGUCUUGGCAUUGGYCUCGUCUGUUGUAUCUGGACGCAUCAUGGAUCACAAGACUGUCAACCCUUUCCACGUGAACCAGACUGCUGCAUUUAUAUUGUCAACAUCAUUAUUUUUAAUCAAUCUGGCCAACCAGUAUYAUCAUUUUWURAUAUUCUCRUUCUUCUGUGGCAUCGGCAUGGGCGUCUGGCGUACCACAAUAGCCGUGUUGUUCUUGAACACUGUUAAAAARCACCAAGUGAAUUAUGCUUGGCCUAUUGCUGAGGUUCUGACGUCAACUGGAAAUGCGGCUGGUGCACCUUUUAUAGGUUUAAUCAUCGACAUAACCGGUUCUUUCAACAAAGGAAUAGCUGCUGGAGCAGGAAUCUUUGCACUGAGYUUUUUCAUUCCGUUUCUUCAAUACUGCUUCAAGCCUUGGAKAAAGAGACGUGAUAAGCGUUUGAAUCGUGUGGAAGCUGUUACCACACCCAUCGUGGAGGACCUAGACGGACAUUUACUAUAUCUAAACAAUAAUGAUGAUUUUAAAGAAAUGCCGCUUAAAAGAACMCGCGCGAUGACGAUGAUGGACACUGUGCUAUCAUAUACUCGGGAUCGGUCYCGUUCAGAACCAGCCAAGUACAUCAGUUUGGCUACACGGUCAGAUAUUGAAACUAACGCGGAAAAGGCCUGAUUUCUGAAAAAAAAAGAACAAUGUGAACAGCUUAGAAAUGCUCUAAAACCUUGUCUUUGUUCUGUAUAUAAGCAUGGUGGGCCAAGAUGGACAGCACUCUCCAACUCCCAUCUUUUGUAAAUUGAUUGUAUAUUCUCUAUUGUUUUCUGUCCUAGGAACGAGGCUAUUCCCGAGUUCUGUACUGGAACAAAAUUUUAAGAAUAGUCAAUUGCACUAUGAAAGGACGUUUUCUGCGACAACGUUUUUUGUAACAUUUUUUAAAUUUUUUACCUAUUUUAUUUUAUUUUUUUAAAUUAUUUACCUAUUUUAUUUUGUAAAUUAUUUACCUAUUAAAUUAGGUGUGUAAACGAUAGCUAGACACAUGAAAACUACAGUCUUAGAAGGAGUUGUUGCAUUUUAUUCCUCUUGUAUCAUGUGUAUUCGUAUAUUGCACUCGCAUUGGAAUUUGACAUAUGUCCCCACAGGAUUUUGCAAUUAAAUUAUGUAGAUGUAGAUAU